CCUCAUCCCGUGGCCGCGAGUUUUGGCAAGUCUGCUAUUAUUAAACUGCGACUAUCCUUUAAAUGUUAGUAGAUGCUGUUUUCAUUUGCUAGUUUAUUAUUAUUUAUUUCUCCCCGUUUGUCAUCAUUUGCCAAGUCUUGACCGUUUCUCUCACCUUGUCGACCUUCACCGUUACCCCAAAAAUGGACGCCAUCGCUACAACACAACCUAUCGCUAAGCCUGCGGUGCCGAAGCAGGUUGUAGCACAAACAACGCCUGCGCAGAAGAAGAAGAUUACUCCUGGUAUUUCCUUGGCUGCUGGUGCUGUUGCCGGUGGUAUUGAAGCCACAAUCACAUACCCCUUUGAGUGGGCAAAGACAGUAGCUCAGCUCAGCGCCCGCCAAGCACCCGCUGGAGCAGUCGUCUCCAAAUCUCCAUUCGCCGUCAUCGGCCAAACAGUCCGUUCAGAUGGUAUCCGAGCAAUCUACACUGGAUGCUCCUCAUUAAUCGCUGGAACUGCUGCCAAGGCUGGUGUUCGCUUCCUCUCUUUUGAUGCCGUAAAGGCUCAAUUAGCAGAUGCCAAUGGGAAGCAUUCAGCAGGAUCAAAUAUCCUCGCUGGUAUGAUCGCUGGUGCUGUUGAGAGUGUGACUGUCGUUACACCGACAGAACGAAUCAAAACUGCCCUCAUUGAUGAUGCUCGCUCAGGAAACAGACGUCUCAACGGCGGAUUCCACGCCCUGCGAACAAUCGCAGUUGAGCGCGGCGUUCGUGAAAUCUACCGCGGUCUCAUGUCCACCACACUCAAGCAAUCAGCCACUUCCGGUGUGCGAAUGGGUUCUUACAACAUCCUAAAAGACACCUUCAAGUCAGACGGCAAGAACCCCUUUGUAACAUUCGGCAUCGGUGCCAUUGCCGGUGUCAUCACAGUCUACGCUACACAACCGUUUGAUACCAUCAAGACAAGAUCGCAGUCUGCGAAGGGCACUGGUAUGGGCGAGGCUGUCCAGCAAGUUCUACGUGAUGGAGGCGUGAGAGCGUUCUGGAGCGGAAGUACUAUGCGAUUGGGACGGCUGAUUCUUAGUGGUGGUAUUGUUUUCACGGCGUAUGAGAAUAUUGCUGGGUUGUUGAUGGGGAUGAAGAAGUAGAGUGCAUAUUGGGAGUCUUUUGUGUUUUGGAUCUCAUUUGCAGGAAGUUUGGGUCGGAGUAUUAGCUUAUGGCAUUAAAAACGAUUUCAUGUAUCAUUUAUAGACG